GCGAAAAUCGUGGACCCUUCGACAGGAGAGCUGGUGCCUCUCGGGCAGUUGGGGGAGAUUAUGAUCAGAGGCUACUGUGUGAUGUUGGAGUACUGGAGAGACGAAGCCAAAACAAGAGAGUGCAUCACCAAAGAAGGAUGGUAUAAAACUGGAGACAUUGGCAGCAUGGACGGGUACAGUUACUGCAAAAUCGAGGGCAGAAUUAAAGACAUGAUCAUCAGAGGAGGAGAGAAUAUUUAUCCCGCGGAGAUCGAACAGUUCCUGCACACACACCCCAAAAUUAAGGAGGCCCAGGUGGUCGGAGUUAAAGACGCACGUAUGGGUGAGGAGGUUUGUGCCUGCAUCAAACUGGUAGAUGGAGAGGAAUGCACCGCAGAGGAAAUCAAAGCUCACUGCAAGGGACAGAUCGCUCACUUCAAGAUCCCUCGCUAUGUACUUUUUGUGACCAGCUAUCCGCUGACUGUAACUGGGAAG